AUGCUCAACGGUCGCAGUGAGGCGAUUGUCGCCGCCACCUCUGUCUUUCUGGCCCUAUCGCUGGUCACCGUGUGCCUGCGAUGUUUCGUUCGUGCGCGAGUGGUGCGCGCUUUUGGCCUGGAUGAUUGGACGAUGGUCGCCGCCAUGUGCUGGUGGCUCGGUCAAGUCUUCUAUGUCAUCACCUGUGUCGUCGCCAAAAUGUCCAUCAUCAUCUCCCUCCUGCGCAUCACCAUUAACCGAGUGCAUAUCCUCAUCCUGUAUGCCGCCAUGGGGCUGGCCCUGGUUGUGGGCCUUCUGUUCUUCUUUUUCACCAUGUUCGAAUGUAAACCGGUCGACUACUUCUGGAACCGAUCCAGCAAGCCGGGCUCGUGCCUCGAUACGGAUAUCCUCAUCGCCAUUGCGUAUACCUACAGCGUGGGUGCGGCCGUUACCGAUUUUACGAUUGGAAUAUUGCCGGUAUUCAUCAUCUGGUCUCUGCGCAUGAACGCCCGGACGAAGAUGGCCAUUGCAGGUAUUUUAGGGAUUGGAUGCAUUGCCAGCGCGGCAGUCAUUGUUCGAAUUCCGUUUGUUCACAAUUACAAGGACCACGACUUUUUCUAUGCGACCUACCAAAUCUCAAUCUGGAGUAACGUCGAGGCCGGACUGGGCAUCACGGCAGGUUCGCUGACGACCCUCCGUCCUCUGAUUCGCUUUCUUCGUGACGGCUCUUCGGCCUCACGAAGUCAUCAACGAACACCAGGCUCAUUUCCACUAUCCGGAAAUAUGCCCAAGGGGCUCACGCGCCGGUCGAAGCCCGAUGAGGGGGUUGACGACGCCCGUCGGCUAUGGACGGGAAUGGCGGACGAAGAGUAUCAGGGCAUCACAACCACGAUUAUUACAGGGAGCCAUCCCACAAAGCGGGGAGAGAGCGAGGACAGUUUAACCAGUUGA